UGAGGAGGGUCUACUCCUGACGACUGUCGCCGUGUUGAAAUUCCAGUGCUAACCAACUUUAGCCAGCCUGCUAACAUAUAAUUGGGCGAAUUAGAAGAGCCUCAUGUGUUGCGUAGCCCUGCUUUAAGCGCGUCCAUGAUAACCUGCAAACAGACCGCAGUGUAAACAUUUGCCUCCAUGUUUGCUGUUGCGUGUGCAUCAGCUCCUGCCACCGGGACAUGGCCAGUUAGCCUGAACGCAGCAGCCGUUGGAUAAACGAAGCUGGCGAGCUAGCUGGAGGAGGAGAAAAAAACCCGUUCGGACCGGGGUGGCGGGGGGCGGCUUGUGAACAGGUUCGUCGCUCGGAGUAGGCGGAAAGCCGGAUGCUGUGACUGCCAUGAGUCCCGCAGGCUGCCCUCAUGUGAACAGCUUCAAAGUGGACAACUGGAAGCAGAACCUGAGGCUUAUUUAUCAGUGCUUCGUGUGGAGCGGUUCAGCUGAGACCAGAAAACGCAAGGCCAAGUCAUGCAUCUGUCACAUGUGCGGAGCCCACCUCAACAGACUCCACUCCUGCCUCUACUGUGUCUUCUUUGCCUGCUUCUCCAAAAAACACAUCCAUGAACACGCCAAGAGCAAAAGGCAUAACCUGGCUAUCGACCUGCUGUAUGGGGGAAUUUACUGCUUUAUGUGCCAAGACUACAUUUAUGACAAAGAGAUGGAGCAAAUGUCCAAAGAGGAGCAGAGGAAAGCCUGGAAAAUGCAAGGCAUCGGGGAAAAGUAUUCGACGUGGGAGCCCACCAAGAGGGAGCUGGAGCUGCUUCGCCACAAUCCCAAGAGGAGGAGAAUCACCUCCAACUGUACAAUUGGGCUGCGUGGUCUGAUCAACCUGGGCAACACUUGCUUCAUGAAUUGCAUCGUCCAGGCGCUGACGCACACGCCGCUGCUACGGGACUUCUUCCUGUCCGACCGACACAAAUGUGAGAUGCAGAGCAACUCGUGUCUGGUGUGCGAGAUGUCCCAACUCUUCCAGGAGUUCUACUCAGGCCACCGCUCCCCUCACAUCCCGUUUCGCCUCCUGCACCUGGUGUGGACCCACGCCCGCCACUUAGCUGGCUACGAGCAGCAGGACGCUCAUGAGUUCCUCAUCGCGGCGUUGGACGUGCUGCACCGACACUGCAAAGACGACAACGGGAAGAAAGCCAACAACCCAAACCACUGUAACUGCAUCAUUGACCAAAUCUUCACAGGGGGUCUGCAGUCUGACGUCACCUGCCAAGUGUGCCAUGGUGUUUCAACGACCAUCGAUCCAUUCUGGGACAUCAGCCUGGACCUACCCGGAUCCUCCACGCCUUUCUGGCCCCUCAGCCCCGGAGGAGAUGUUUCCACGUUAAACGGAGAGAGUCACACCACUGGAGCAACCACACUUAUGGACUGUCUGCGCAGGUUCACCAGACCGGAGCACCUGGGCAGCAGCGCUAAGAUCAAGUGCAGCGGAUGCCAUAGUUACCAGGAGUCCACCAAGCAGCUAACAAUGAAGAAGCUGCCCGUCGUGGCCUGCUUUCACCUGAAAAGGUUCGAACAUUCAGCCAAACUGCGGAGGAAGAUCACUACUUAUGUCUCAUUCCCACUGGAGCUGGACAUGACUCCCUUCAUGGCCUCUAGUAAGGAGAGCAGGAUGAACGGGCAGUACCAGCAGGCUGUGGAAACCUUCAACAAUGACAAUAAGUACAGUUUGUUUGCGGUGGUGAACCACCAGGGGACACUAGAGAGCGGCCAUUACACCACCUUCAUCCGGCAGCAUAAGGACCAGUGGUUCAAGUGCGACGACGCCAUCAUCACCAAGGCUAGCAUCAAAGAUGUCCUGGACAGUGAAGGGUACCUGUUGUUUUAUCACAAACAGUUCCUGGAGUACGAGUAGGUUUCAGUUUCCAGGAGGAAUCCAACAGGGAGGAGGAAUUGGUUGGAUGGAGAAAGAGGCAAGGAGAUCAUGAGGCUCACUGUAAACAUGGAAGCUACUUUUCUAAACGCAGAGCCGGAUCCACCGUCUGCCCUGCAGGACAAAACAGAUUCAAAUGGUCUGAAAUAAAGACGAGCUGAAGGUUUCACUUGAGUUCAGGACACAAGGAGGGAAAAAAGCUGACAGUCGGCUCAUCCUUCAUAUAAUGGACAAUAACCGUCUCCUAUUGGUCCGUGGAUGUAAAACUUCAGGAAGUUUUACUUCAUCUCAGAUCCAUUUUUUUUAAAUAACCCCACAUCUGUCUCAACGCUCGCACAGCUGCAUUCACAUCCAGGGCCUUGUAGCUCUCUGCUUGCUGCACCUGCAUGGUUUUCACCGCCAUCUUUCUGGACACAAGCACAUACAGGGAGAAGGAAGAAGGUUUUAUCGCUGAUCGUUCAAGUUCUCCCCUUUAGAAAGAUGACAAUCUUUCAUUUUUGUAGAGAGAGAUGAUAAAAGCAGAAAAUCAUUGAGUUUGUUAAUUACGAUUGAAAACAAGUAUUUGGUCAAUAACAAAAGUUCAACUCAACACUUUGUAGCAUAACUUUGAUGAGGUCACCUUUUUUCUGUCAUUCUUUAGCAGGUUUCCUCACUUUAGCUGGUGUUUUGCUCCAUAGCUGCAUCACGUUUUGGGGCUGUUGCUGGGCAACGUAGACUUAAACUUCAUCAACAAAUCUUAAAUGGGGCUGACGUCUGGACCCUGAAAGGCUUUUAUUGCUCCUUGGUCUGUUUGGAGUCAUUGACCAUCUUGUAUCUUCAGUUCUGUCACUGAUAGGAGGAGGUUAUACCUUAAAAUCUCACCACAAAUGGCUCCAUUUAUGCUUCCUUUAACACCAAUCAGUCAUUAAGUCAGAGUGGAAGAACAACUGCCCCAAAGCAUGAUGGUUCCGCCCCCAUGCUUCUCCGUAGGUUUGGUGUUUUGGGAAUCAACCUGGGAUCCUUCUCCCUUCAAACCUGAAAAGUUGAACUUGUGCCCAUACCAAAGGGGCGGACCCAUUUGUUUUUGAUCCACUCUAUAAAACCUCAAACUCAACGCUAUUUCUGACACUUUGAAUUGAAAAAGCUUCUUGGAUGGGAAGAGAAACAUCAGCAAACUUGCAACAAAGCCCAGUUGAUUGUUUUUUAACUUUUGUUGGGAUGACUAUGACCUGGAUGACCGAGAAUCUUAACCAGCAUUGUGCCAAAAGUUCUAUUCUUGUUCCAUCUUCUCUCUGGUGACGCCGUGGACACGGACAGGGGACACGCCUGUCCCUCUGGUCGUAGUGUACCACUUCGGCCCCAGCUUUCUGCAGCUCACUAACCACAUCCUUUCAUGUUGCUCACCAUCCUUCUCACCAUUUUAUCCUCACAGGUUGAGAUCCUGGAUAGAGGUUAUUAAUAGUCUUCCAGUUGCUCCUAUAGUGACUAUAUUCCCACCAACCUGCUUCUUGUUGUAGAUUCACUCUUCCCAGCCUGGUGCAGAUUGAUAGUUUUCCUUCUGGUGUCCUUCAGCAGCUCGCUGGUCUUUGAAAUGAGUCUGGAGUUGCGGAUGGGUUCCAGUUCAAACAGGAACCAUUAACACAGUAGAGGACAGAACGGCUUCUUAAAGAAAAAGUUCCAGUCUGUGAGGGCAAAACAUCCAGCUUGUUGCUCGGUGACCAAAUACUUAUUUUCUACCAUAAUUAACAAACUAAUUAAAAAUGAGAUUUCAUGCAUUUUUAUCCCCUCAUGUUGUCUCUCAUAGUUAAAGUGAAUCCAUUUAAAGAUAACAAACCUCUGUCAUCUUUCCAAGUAGGAGAACUUGAACAACAGUGAUUGACUAAAUAUUUUAAGCUCAAAUGUUUUAGUCUAACAUGCAAACACUUUUCUACAAGACCAAAUAUUUUCAGAGUGGAACUUGUCUCCUUUAUGCAGUUCUAGUUCAGAGAGCAUCUGUUGGGAAUAAUGGAAGAAUAUCAGCUGACAGUAUUCUAACGUUGUUCCGUUUAUUAUUGGUGAGAUUAUUUUAGUCAAAGUGGUACUUUUUAUUUAAAAAAAUAAAUGUCAGCCUCUCUUUCAGCUUCCAUGGUCUAAUAGAGGAACAGAAAGACCCAGUCAGUCUAUUUUUAUACAUCCUGCAUCCAAAUGAUUGUUUAUCAUUUUGCGUUAAAAAAAGAAAAAAAAAAGAAAAAUGUUUUUCGUCUCUUAAGUCACGCCGUCAAUCAUGUUUUUAUACACGGAAGAUAAAAAGAUGCUUAGGAUUUUUAUGAAGCCUGCUGCUACUGUUUUUUUGUUUUUGUUUGUUUUACUUCCUGUAUUUAUCAGCAUGUCCAGCUUAAUUACUGCUAAAAGUGAUUCCUCUUUUGCUGCGUUACCAAAAUCUCACCACGAAAAACGGAGAAUCAUAAACUUUAUGUAAACCUUUGAGUUCAGUUGA